GGUUUUUUUUCGAAUUUUCCUUCAUUCGAUGUGUGAAGAGUUCGAUAUGAGUGCGACAAAACACAACGAGAGAGUUGGACGACGAAAUGAUCGGAAACGCGACGCAAGUCAGGCUUGUCUUCCAGAACGUUCUCCAUCGCUACGCUCGGAACCUCGCCAACAGCGUAGUCACCCAUACCUUCAAACUCGUACAAACACACAUCGUCAGCGUCCGAUGAUCCGUCCUUCAUCUGUUGUUUCAAUGUCUGGAAGAUCCAUAGCACCAUCAGAUAGCAGUGAAAAUGAUGAUCGUCAUUUUGAUGUCGAUGAAGAAAUGGAAAGCAUGUCGUUGGAUUCACCACUUCCUAUUGAAGUUCCAGCUCGUCCAUUUCCAGACAAGCCAUACUACUGGAUGAAUGAUUAUAAGACAUUGGAGUUCAUCCGAACUAAUUUCCCAUCGGAUUCUUUUUAUGUCAUGCAUAAUGGAAAAAUUAUUGAAAAUUUCAAUGCUUUUAUCGAUGAGAACAUGGGACAAAGCCUUGUCAAGUAUUCAUUCCAUCUCAGAGUUCGUGGUGGAAAAGGUGGAUUUGGUUCUCUUCUUCGUUCAUUUCGUGUUAAUAAAAGUACAAAUAAACUGAUGAUGAGAGAUUUAAAUGGACGAAGAAUGGCAUCUGUUGAUGAAGAGGCAAAAUUGAAGCGUUAUUUGGAGAAACAAGCGAGAAAAGAGCAGGAAUUAAAGGAGAAACGCAAAGCAAAACUUGAAAAAUUAACCGCUGGACCAGCAAAACAUAUGUUUGAAGAUCAAGAUUAUCUGUCACGUCGUGAAGAAAUAAUCAAUAAAACUGAAGAUGCUUGUGAAGCUGGUUUCGCAUUGAUGCUAGAAAUGAAAAGAAAUUCGAGGAAAUCAAAAGAGCAAGAAAAUAAGAAUGACGAAGACGAAGAUGAUGACGUGAACGCUGAAGACGUGACUGAUCUGUUCAAUGAUAGAGGUGGAAGAAAGCGAAAAAUUGCAGCUCCAAGUAUUGGUGAAGACGGAGGAAAUAAACGAAUCAAUGAUGAAAGCGAUGAUAGUGAAGAUGAUUCAGAAAAUGAAGUGGAUCCAGAAGAACUUGAAGCUAUUCGUCAAUAUUUCGAAGCUAAAAAGCAAGAUGAGAAGGAUAAUGGUGAAGGAACAUCCGAAGCAGUUCCAGAAGUUUUAGUUGACGAGCAAGAAAUAGAACCAGCAAAGCGUCCAAGACUUGAUAGCGCUUCUAACAUUGACGAUCUUCCAAAAAUCGACGUUAAAACUCCUUGUGAAUAUGGUCCAAUCUCGCUCGACGAUUUCACCAGUGCAGAGGAUCUUGAACUUCUGGGCCUGGAACAUCUUAAAAGUGCUUUAAACGAUCGGGGACUAAAGUGUGGCGGAUCUCUUGUUGAACGCGCGGCUCGUUUGUGGUGUGUCAAAGGAAAACAGCCACGAGAAUAUCCGAAGAACAUUUUAACACCGGAAUUGAAGAAGAAGAUCGCGGAAGAAGAAGAAGCCGAAAGAAAAGCAGCAAAGAAAGCUAAAAAAUCGAAAAAGAAUCAAUAACACAUUUGAAUUGUAAUAGUUUAUUUCCAUUUUUGUUUUGAAAAUUAAAAUUAAAAACAAAACAUUUCUUGUUUUUCUCUUUCCUUUGAACUUUUGAUCUGUGAAAUGUAAAUUUGAAUAAAAAAGAAGUUAAU